GUGAGGAGAGGUCCAGGCCGCGGAGCGACACGUCCCCUUCCCGGCUUCCCGGGCCCGUAGGUCCUGCCCUUCCCCGCUGUUGGCCCGUAGCAGCCUCUCGGAGAGACUCUGGGCCGGGGGCGGCGUGGUGACAAAGGAAAAUCUGGCAGGGCUCGAAGUCACAUCAGCAAGCGGGGGGUCCCCGGGCUGAGGAUCCUGCAGUCACUAAGCCUGGAGCGGAUAGCAGAGGUGUUGUUCCUUCCAUUUACACCAUUUACAUGGGAAAAGAUAAAUACGAAAAUGAAGACCUAAUAAAAUAUGGCUGGCCUGAAGAUAUCUGGUUUCAUGUGGAUAAGCUCUCCUCCGCGCACGUGUAUCUUCGGUUACACAAGGGGCAGACGGUGGAUGACAUUCCCAGAGAAGUUUUGAUAGACUGUGCCCAUCUAGUGAAGGCUAAUAGCAUUCAAGGUUGCAAGAUGAACAACGUCAACGUGGUGUACACGCCGUGGACUAACCUGAAGAAGACUGCGGACAUGGAUGUGGGGCAGAUCGGAUUUCACAGGCAGAAGGAUGUGAAAAUGCUGACAGUGGAGAAAAAGGUGAAUGAGAUACUGAACCGGCUAGAGAAGACGAAAGUGGAGCGCUUCCCCGACCUGGCUGCCGAGAAGGAAGCCAGGGACAGGGAGGAAAGGAAUGAGAAAAAAGCCCAGAUCCAAGAGAUGAAGCGGAAGGAAAAGGAAGAGAUGAAGAAGAAGAAAGAGCUGGAAGAACUUAGGAGCUACUCAUCGUUAAUGAAGGCUGAGAACAUGUCCUCCAAUCAGGACGGCAACGAUUCGGAUGACUUUAUGUAGAUAAGGUCUCUCUCCUUUUUCAACCUUGAGGGGCUUUGGGAUGUCUUAAUGUGUGACCAUCAGGAAGAAUGCCAAAAAAAGGUGAACUGAUUUCAUUUCUUCAGAACCUGGUUGGUUCUACUGGCGGCCUGACGAGCUCUGUGCCAUGGACAUCUUUUGAACGGAGAAGAUCUAUAUGCCUGCACAUACAUCUGUGUUUCAGGGACAUGGACGGAAGAAAAAAGAAUUGAAUUUCAGUUCUACAAAGACAAUGAUAUUUAUUACGGAAAAGGUGUCGGUGUAGCUUUUAAUUCAAUGAGAUUUAAAAAAAGAAAGCAAAUUGUGCUGUCUCAUUGCUGUCCUGUCAGCAGGGUGACUCAAAAAGUGUUGCCAUUAACUUUGUGUCACUGGUACAUAUGCAAGCCCAAAAGCGACACUGCUGGCUGCAUAACUCUUCUCUUCGUGUUGGUGAUAGUCUGCAAAGCUGGAGGAUCCCUGUAAAAUUGGGGUGCCUGAUCUUUGGCGAGCUAGCAGCUGCUUUGCAGACCUACCCAGCCCUUGCUGGUGGUAAAUCUAGCAGUUCGUAGCUGCUCUCACGGAAUACAGAGCUACGGACCGUGGAGACUGAGCUUGGCUGAUGUUGCAGCCGAGCUCAGCAGGAUGUGUGCCCCUAGCAUAAGGUGAGAAUAGUCCCACAUUGCAUUUCUCUAAUUGCAUUUGAUUUCUGGGCUGUUCCUUGGAAACCUUUUCCUGAGAGAGAAGCUCAUGAAGAAGAGUUGAGUUUUGCACAGCAUCUAAGCCUGCUCAGCUCAAAAUUCUUGCCUGAGCGCUCUGUAAGGUAUUGUGGAUAAGUCUGUGUGAAAUGAUCACGGUAAUUGUUGCAGCGCCUGUAUAUAUGUCACGAUUAAAUUCAUACCAUGCUGGUAA